AUGGCUGCUACACUGCUUGGGGAAGAGCCCCGACUGGGCAGCACUCCACUGGCCAUGCUGGCCGCCACCUGCAGCAGAAUCGGGGAUCCCGGCCCUUCCUGCUCCCCCGCUGUGUCUGAUGGAGCCCCGGGACUCAUGAAGGGCUUCCACGCGUGGAAUCGAGGUGCGAGUACUGGCGCAUGUCUCACGUCGCUCGGCGUUCCCCCAGUGAACUCCAGGAGUAUCGGGACUGGACUGACGGAGGGCUCCUCCAGUGUUUUCUCGGUGACCACCCCGAGCUCUCAGUUUGGAGGUGAUCUGACGGUGUAUCAGACCUCAGACAGCGGGCUUCCCAACCACACGCACGCGCAAAGGUCUGUGCUUGUGACUAAGUUCCCCUCCACGGUGGACGGGAUGAUGUGUCCCAGGAUGCACCCCUAUGAGUGGUUUAAGCCCGUGGGAGAGGCACCGGGGGCUCCCGCCUGGUGGGACGUGGGCUGGGCGGACACGCAGAGUCCCGGCGGAGUCUCUUCUCUGAGCGGAUACAGCUCCGACUACAGCUCGCUCCCCCACCCCACCUUCAGCCACGGACCCUCUCAGCACCUCCUCAACGCCUCCCAGCACCUGUUUGACGGCUUCAGACCUCCUGCGCCGACCUCCUACACGGACUCCACCGUGUCCUGUGUGCCUGCGCCGACGGAACCCCCCGCUCUUUCUCUGUCCGCGUCCUCGCGCGCCUCAUCGCGGCGUUACCCCGGGAGAGCCACAUGUGACUGCCCCAACUGUCAAGAGGCGGAGAGCCGUGGACAGGGGGCCACGAGCCCACGAAGGAGGGGCAUCCACAGCUGUCACAUCCCGGGAUGCGGGAAAGUUUACGGCAAGACCUCCCACCUGAAGGCGCACCUGCGCUGGCACACCGGCGAGCGGCCGUUUGUCUGCAACUGGCUCUUCUGCGGGAAACGCUUCACGCGUUCCGACGAGCUCCAGCGACAUUUACGCACGCACACCGGAGAAAAGCGCUUCGAGUGCGCCGUUUGCCGCAAACGGUUCAUGCGCUCCGAUCACCUCACCAAGCACCUGAGGACGCACAGCGGGGAAGGCUCGGAGGACGCAGCAGAGCUGGGGGUCGGAAAGGGGAGCAGCGACACGGACAGCGGCGUGACCGGGACCCCGAUCCAGUCUCCGGUACGGCUGCAGGAGCGCGAGACCAUCCGAAGUACCGAGGGACAAAAUGCGGUUUAAUCACCAAAACGCACAGGUGGAGUGCUUAUUUUUUGUUGGACACGUAAGAACUGAAACAGCACUUUAAGAAGAACCUCAGCUGUGUUUUUACCUCAUGUUUGUAGCCUUCUUUAAAAUAAAUUUUUACUCUUUCAAACACGUAUUAUUUGAAGACAUUUAAUUUAACGGGCCUAUUUAUAAACU